AUGAGGGUGAUACAAAGACUGAAUGACACUAUUUUAACUUCUCAAAAAGAUAUUUCUCAAGAGGUGACUGAGUUCUACAUAAGCCUUAUGGGUAAAAGCAGCAAUGAGCUCAACCAUGUAGAUAUUGAGGCUCUUAGAAGAGAAAACCAGCUCAAUAUAGAGCAAAAAGAAAUUCUGGUGAGCCCUAUCACUGUUAUAGAAAUGGAAGAGGCUUUGCAGGGCAUAGGAGAUUUGAAAUCCCCAGGUGGCGAUGGCUAUGGUUCAAAAAUUUUCAAAACUUAUUGGCACAUUAUUAGGUUGGAUGUUGUAGAUGCAGUUAUGGAAUUUUUUGAGCAGGACAGACUUUAUGCACCCUUCAACCAAACUGUUGUCACCUUGGUUCCUAAGACUGACGAUGCAAAGUUUGUGAGAGAUAUAGGCCUAUUGGAACGCGAACUUAGCAUCGGUUAUAAAAGACACUAA